UGUUGCUGCUGGUAGAACACAGGCCGCAGUGAUUUGGUAGCCGCUGCAGUAGGAGGAAGGACCGCGGUUCUACCCCUUCUAUAUUACAGUUUCGCCUCGAAAUUUUAUCGUUGGUUCCUUUUGGUAGCGAUCGGUAAAUUGAGUGUAGAGUGACGGUGUUCUCUGAUAACUAAGUCGUAGUAUUACCAACGGACAGUGACAUCAAUCGCCAUUUUAAUUGCACGUUUUCCCCGACAGAACCGCUAGCACAACAAUGGCUCUGAAAAGAAUUCACAAGGAAUUGAACGACUUGGCACGGGACCCACCAGCCCAGUGUUCUGCAGGACCUGUAGGAGAUGACAUGUUUCACUGGCAAGCCACAAUAAUGGGACCUAAUGACAGUCCUUACCAGAGCGGGGUUUUCUUCUUGACCAUACACUUCCCCACAGACUACCCCUUCAAACCGCCAAAGGUUGCAUUUACCACAAGAAUCUACCACCCAAAUAUCAACAGCAACGGCAGCAUUUGUCUUGACAUUCUGCGAUCACAGUGGUCUCCAGCUCUCACCAUCUCCAAAGUCCUCCUGUCCAUCUGCUCUCUGCUGUGUGAUCCAAACCCGGAUGACCCCUUAGUACCCGAGAUCGCUCGCAUCUACAAGACGGACAGGGAAAAGUACAACAAAAUAGCUCGGGAAUGGACACAAAAGUAUGCAAUGUAGUGUUGGGGUAGAAUCAUGGCCAACCACCUCUACGACGUAAGGUUAGGGGAGCUUCUGACGUAAAGAGAAAACAAACAAAAAAACCAUUCAAACAAAUGAAAAGUUUAAAACAAGA